GAUUCUCAGUCGUUAGUGACGAGGCUCGCGGGCUGCCCGGGCGACUCCCGUGAGCGACCUCGUGUAUGAGCUACCUAUCGACACAGAUAAAGGAAUUCCUAUGUGAUGUUAGUAAACAAAAAGUGUAUAAAUAAAAAGCGCGGCGUGUUCCCUCUGUCAGUCUACUUGUGAAGUUAAGCUGGCUACGAUGUCUCUUCCGGGAGUUUUCCUUUUUUCUCACUACGUAGAAAGCUUUUGGAGCACGCCGCCGCCCCUGGUGGACUGGUCGUACGUGCCGACGUUGGUGCUGGCUGUGAUCCUGGUGGUGGUGGCGGCGACGGCGUUAGCUGCGCGCGCGGCUGAUGGCAAACAGGCUACACGCCUGCCCGGCCCGCAGGCACUACCGUUUUUGGGCACCCGUUGGCUCUUCUGGGGUCGAUACAAGAUGAAUAAGCUGCAUGAAGCUUAUGAAGACAUGUUCAGGCGUUACGGGCCGGUUUUCGUGGAGACCACUCCGGGAGGUGCUUCUGUGGUGUCCAUCGCGGAGAGAGCAGCCCUGGAGGCGGUGUUGCGGGCCCCGGCCAAGAGGCCCUACCGUCCGCCCACCGAGAUCGUGCAAGUGUACCGUAGGAGCAGGCCCGACAGAUACGCCUCUACUGGACUUGUAAAUGAACAAGGCGAAAAAUGGCACCAUCUUCGUCGUCACCUGACCGCGGAGCUGACAAGUCCCAACACGAUGCAAGGCUUCCUACCGGAGCUGAACAAUAUUUGUGACGACUUCCUCGAACUUCUGGAAUCUUGUCGCCGUAGCGAUGGCACUGUUGCCGGCUUUGAUCAACUUACUAACAGGAUGGGCUUGGAAUCUGUCUGCGGGUUGAUGCUUGGUUCAAGACUGGGCUUCUUAGAGCGAUGGAUGUCGGGUCGUGCGGCAACCCUCGCGGCCGCCGUGAAGGCCCACUUCAGGGCCCAGAGGGACUCCUACUACGGAGCUCCCCUAUGGAAGUUCGCCCCCACCACUCUCUACAGGACAUUCGUGAAGAGCGAGGAAACCAUUCAUACGAUAGUAUCGGAGCUGAUGGAGGAAGCCAAGACAAAGAAACAGGGCACUGCCAAUGAUGACGCCAUGAGAGAGAUCUUUCUCAGGAUAUUGGAAAACCCUGCCGUUGACAUGAGGGACAAGAAGGCUGCAGUCAUUGACUUCAUCACAGCUGGCAUUGAGACGCUAGCGAACAGCCUAGUUUUCCUGCUAUACUUGUUGAGCGGUCGUCCGGACUGGCAGCGGGUCAUCCGCUCGGAGCUGCCGUCCUGCAGCACCCUGACUGCCGAGGACCUUGCAGCCGCCCCCUCAGUCCGCGCCGCGAUAUACGAGGCCUUCCGGCUGCUGCCAACAGCACCUUUCUUGGCCAGGGUCCUGGAUACCCCGAUGACUGUUGGGGGACAUAAAUUGCCGGCUGGCACGUUCGUGCUAGCCCACACAGGGGCGGCCUGCCGUCGCGAGGAGAACUUCUACCGCGCGCGGGAGUUCGUCCCCGAGCGCUGGCUCUCGCACGCGGCUCCUCACGCGCCUGCUCUUGUGGCUCCCUUCGGCAGAGGCCGCCGCAUGUGUCCCGGGAAACGAUUCGUUGAUCUUGAACUGCAUUUGCUUCUUGCCAAGAUAAUGCAAAAAUGGCGCGUGGAGUUUGACGGUGAGUUGGACAUUCAGUUCGACUUCCUGCUGGCACCAAAGUCACCUGUGUCUCUGCGACUAGUCGAAUGGUAGUCGCGAUGCUACACGCGACAAAUAUCCCAAGUGAUCUUUAUAUUACUUCUAGAACUGUACAAUUUUGUCCAAAAGUCCCUUCAAAACAUAUAUGCGUUAAUGUCGUGUUUCUCUGCAGACUUUAAUUUGCCGGUAUCAGGGCGUUGAGUU